UUGAAAAGCCAGGGACAUUGGCUUGUCAGGUGUUCCACAAAAGAGAAAAUUCUGCCAGGUGUGACUUUUCCCAUCAUUGCAGUACUAUGAUGAAGAGAACAGAACCUGGAGAAAUUCCCCAUUUAUACAACUAUUAGAUGUGCAGAAGAUCCUUUCAAGAGCUGGAUGAAGAAAUCUCUACAUGGCCAGAGAGCCCAAGAGGAGGGAAUGAGACACUGAAUUCUAAACAUAACCCUUCACUAGAGAAAGUGGAAGGAAUGUCUGGGUUGGAUUGCUUCCCAGCAAAGCACAGCAAAUAGAAGCUAAGGAAUAGAGAGCUGAAGGAAGGUAAUUAGAGUAGGACUGACACUAUUUUUAAUUGGACUGGUUCCUAUGCCUUUAAUAGCAGCCUGUGACACAGAAAUGGAGCAGGUGACAUGUUUUCCUCAUGUUAUCUCCAUGCCAGGAAAUGAUGAAAGUUCAACAAAAAGGCAGCAAUCCUAGGACAAGCAGGCAGUAGCCAGUCAUAUUUUCAGCUGUCAUCAACCACAACCAUUGCUACGGAACAACUUAUUAAGAAGAAACAAGAAAGAAAACAUCCUUUUGGAAAGCAGAAAUGGCAUCUGAAAGUGAAGCAAAGAAACAAAUGAAUGGAAAGUAUGAUGCUGCUGCUGAAACUGACAACAUUUCUCUGGCUGAAGGCAAAAGCAGGAAAGGAAAGGGGGAAAAAGAGAAGCCUAAUGUGGUCGGUACAUUUACAAUGUUUCGUUAUGCUGACUGGCUGGAUAUAUCACUCAUGAUCCUAGGCACUGUCUUCGCAGCCCUCCAUGGAGCUGCACUUCCAGUCAUGAUGGUUGUUUUUGGAAUUAUGACAGACAGCUUUGUUGGUUCAGCUCAUAAAGUUAUUCCUGUAAAUAUUACUACUUUUCUGAAUUCAACUUUUCCGAAUUCAACGUUAGAAGACGAAAUGACAAGAUAUGCAUACUAUUAUUCAGGAUUAGGAGCUGGUGUUCUUCUUGCUGCCUAUGUACAAAUUGCAUUUUGGACAUUGGCAGCUGGCCGUCAAGUCAAGAGAAUUAGGCAACAUUUUUUUCACGCCAUCAUGCGGCAGGAAAUUGGAUGGUUUGAUGUAAAUGAUGUCGGGGAGCUAAAUACCCGGCUUAUUGAUGACGUCUCCAAAAUCAAUGAAGGAAUUGGUGACAAAAUUGCAAUGCUAAUUCAGGGAAUAGCUUCAUUUCUAACAGGAUUUAUAGUUGGGUUCACUAAAGGAUGGAAACUGACUCUUGUCAUACUGGCAGUCAGUCCUGUACUGGGGCUUUCAGCUGGAAUUUGGGCAAAGGUCCUUUCUUCAUUCACCAACAAGGAGCUUGCUGCAUAUGCUAAAGCUGGAUCAGUAGCUGAGGAGGUUCUGUCAGCAAUCAGGACAGUGAUCGCUUUUGGAGGACAGGAGAAAGAAAUCCAAAGGUAUCAUAAAAAUUUGGAAGAUGCUAAAAACAUUGGAAUAAAGAAGGCUAUAACAGCCAACAUAUCCAUGGGAAUUGCUUUCUUUUUAAUAUAUGCAUCAUAUGCUUUGGCUUUCUGGUAUGGAGCUUCUUUGGUACUAUAUGAAGGUUACACCAUUGGCAAUGUCCUUACAGUCUUCUUUGCUGUGCUAAUUGGAGCAUUUAGCAUUGGUCAGGUGAGUCCAAACCUGGAGGCAUUUGCUGUUGCCAGAGGAGCUGCUUAUGCCAUCUUCAAUAUCAUAGACAAUGAGCCUAAAAUUGACAGUUAUUCAGAAACUGGCUACAAACCCGACAAGAUUAAUGGGAAUCUGGAUUUCCAAAAUGUUUCUUUCAACUAUCCUUCAAGGCCAGAUGUCCAGGUGUUAAAAGGCUUGAAUCUGAAAGUUAAAAGUGGUCAGACAGUAGCUCUGGUGGGCAGCAGUGGCUGUGGGAAAAGCACAACUGUCCAACUGAUACAGAGGUUUUAUGAUCCUUUGGAAGGCGUGGUUACCAUUGAUGGACAGGAUAUUAAGACCCUGAAUAUAAGGUAUCUGAGGGAGAUUAUAGGUGUGGUGAACCAGGAGCCUGUGCUGUUUGCUACCACAAUUGCAGAAAAUAUCCGAUACGGCCGUGAAGAUGUCACCAUGGAAGAGAUUGAAAAAGCUGUCAAACAGGCCAAUGCCUAUGGUUUCAUCAUGAAGUUGCCUCAGAAGUUUGAAACUAUGGUUGGAGACAGAGGGGCCCAGCUAAGUGGAGGUCAGAAACAGAGGAUAGCAAUUGCUCGAGCUCUUGUUCGUAAUCCCAAGAUUUUGUUACUUGAUGAGGCUACAUCAGCUUUGGAUACUGAAAGCGAAGCUGUGGUACAGACAGCCCUGGACAAGGCUAGAGAAGGUCGCACGACUAUUGUAAUCGCCCAUCGUUUGUCUACAGUCCGAAAUGCAGAUCUUAUAGCUGCUUUUGAAGAAGGUGUCAUCACGGAGCAAGGGAGCCAUAAUGAACUUAUGAAAAGGCAGGGGGUUUAUUUCAAACUUGUGAAUAUGCAGUCAAUCGAAACUGAGGUUCAGUCAGAAGAGAUGGACGAAAGUGAGCUCAGUGUUGAAAACAGCAAAUCAAAACAAGCAUUAGAACGCUCCUUAUCAAAUGGAGUGAGACGGCGUUCAACUCGCAGAAGCUUUAAAAACCCAGAAGAACAGGAAGAAGACCUUGAGGUGCAAAUUGUUCAGCCUGAUGAAAAUUUGCCCUCAGUUUCAUUUCUGAAGAUUAUGAAUUUGAAUAUAUCAGAAUGGCCGUAUCUUUUGGUGGGAACGUUUUCUGCAAUCAUCAAUGGAGCUCUGCAGCCUGCAUUUUCAGUAAUAUUCUCAGAAAUCAUUGGGCUUUUUGCAAGUAACGACAAACCUUAUGUAAGGGAAAAGAGCAACCUAUAUUCAUUGCUGUUCUUAGGACUUGGGAUCAUUUCCUUCAUAACUUUUUUUCUUCAGGGUUUCACAUUUGGCAGAGCUGGAGAGAUCCUUACAAUGAAGCUUCGCUACAUGGGAUUCAGAGCAAUCCUUAGGCAGGACAUUGGUUGGUUUGAUGACCCUAAAAACAGCACUGGAGCCUUGACUACAAGACUGGCUAAUGAUGCUUCCCAAGUAAAAGGCGCUACAGGAGCCAGGCUCGGUUUGAUUGCUCAAAACAUUGCAAAUCUUGGAACAGGGAUUAUUAUAUCACUUGUGUAUGGCUGGCAAUUUACUUUGUUAAUCUUGGCUGUUGUGCCCAUCAUUGCCGUAGCCAGUCUCAUUGAAAUGAGAAUGUUGUCUGGACAUGCAAAGCAAGAUAAGAAGGAACUGGAAUCUGCAGGAAAGAUCGCAACAGAAGCAAUAGGGAAUAUCCGAACAGUUGUUUCACUCACUCAGGAAAGAAAAUUUGAACAUAUGUAUGGACAAUACCUGCAUGGACCAUACAGAAAUUCUGUGAAGAAAUCACACAUUCAUGGGCUGACGUAUGCCCUUUCCCAAGCAAUCAUGUACUUUACCUAUGCAGCCUGUUUUCGAUUUGGUGCCUGGCUUGUGACAAAUGGGUACAUGGAGUAUAAGGCUGUUUUCUUAGUAUUCUCCUGCAUUGUCUUUGGUGCCAUGGCACUAGGACAGACAUCUUCAUUUACGCCAGACUAUGCCAAAGCCAAGAUAUCCGCAGCUCACAUGUUCAUGCUGUUUGAAAGAGUACCCUUAAUAGACAAUUACAGUGUGAAUGGACUGAUGCCUGAGCGUUUUAGUGGCAAUGUAGAAUUUAAGGACGUGGCCUUCAACUAUCCAACCCGGCCAGAGGUCCCAGUACUCCAAGGGUUGAAUGUUGCAGUGGAGAAAGGUCAGACACUGGCUCUUGUCGGAAGUAGUGGCUGUGGGAAAAGCACACUGGUCCAGCUACUUGAAAGAUUCUAUGAUCCCCUCAGUGGAGAAGUGCUACUGGAUGGCCAGAAUGCAACACAGUUACAUAUCCAGUGGCUAAGAUCUCAGAUUGGAAUUGUUUCUCAAGAGCCAGUUCUGUUUGACUGCAGUAUUGCUGAGAACAUUGCCUAUGGUGUUAACACCAGACAAGUGUCAUUCGAAGAAAUUGUAGCGGUAGCUAAAGCCGCCAAUAUACACUCCUUCAUUGAAUCUCUACCAAAUAAAUACAACACCUCUGUGGGUGAUAAAGGAACUCAACUCUCUGGGGGCCAAAAACAACGUAUCGCCAUUGCUCGCGCUCUUAUCCGCCAACCAAGAAUUCUUCUACUGGAUGAAGCAACCUCUGCACUUGAUACUGAAAGUGAAAAGGUUGUCCAAGAAGCCCUGGACAAAGCCAGAAAAGGCCGUACCUGCAUUGUAAUAGCUCAUCGUUUAUCUACAGUGCAGAAUGCCAACAGCAUAGCAGUAAUCCAGAAUGGAAAAGUCGUAGAACGAGGAACGCAUCAGCAACUACUGGCAGAGAAAGGAAUCUAUUACUCCUUAGUUAAUGUUCAGGCAGGGCCAGCCCCCAUAUAAAUUAAGAUGUGAAACAUAUUGUUGGAAUUGAAUGUAUUUUUAGAGAUGGUGGUAAGAAAAGGUACUGCUGAGACCAUCCUUGCAUUAUGCAAAAUAAAGUUGCAUGAAGAUGAGCUGGAUUUCAGUAAGGAGUCUCCAAAAGGACACUUGCUGUUCUGAACCAUUCUUCAGUCUCCACAGAAGGGCUCGCUUACGUUUUGAUGUUCUCAGCUGUCCGAGAUACCUGCUUUGUACUUUUGAAAGUUGCAAUAUAUGAUCACUCCAUGCUCUUUUGCAGGGAUGGAUGGUGUUUGAAGCCAUAAAAAAACCCCCAAAAACCAGAGUAUUGAAACAAGACUCCCUUGUAUCCUCUAAGCCAGUUCAAGCCAAAAUAACAUACCUUAGCCUAAUUUCCAGAGUUGCUUCUUGAAUAAAACCUAGUGGACUCUGCUGGGGGGAAAACACAUCCAGUGCUUUCAAAGGCAGUUCUGGAUUUCCAGCAGGAGAGGUUUUAACCAAACCACUGUUUUUUCUGUGCCUGCUAUCAAACUUUCUGAAAAACACCUUGGAAUGGAAAACCCAGCCACUGGUUCCUUCCACUAAAUUUUAAUUCCAAAACAGUAACUGGGUCUUCUUCUAAGGAAGUGUGCUUCAGAUGAAAGCCUUUAACUACCUAUCCUUCACUACUGUUGUGAUGUUAAAAAAAAUGGUGCAGGUGCCUUAAAAUAAAGUUUCUUUUUUGUAUAUUUUCUUCAUUUAUUAAACCUAUUCUAUUCCA